AAUUGUAUAACCGAGGAAAUUAUCAAUUCGGUUCUGAUAUCUAUAGCUUUCGCCUUUCAGAACCUUGAUCUAAUCCCAUCUGUGUACUCUCUCGGCUCUCACAGCUUCACGCUCUCUGAGCUCUGCUGUUUUGCCGCACCUCUCCCAGCUGCCAACUGUGGAGCGGCCCUCCUCACUCGGAACUCCACCGUGGAGCCGCUGCGUCAGGAUAUCGGCCUCUCCUCUCACCGUCGCCGCUCUCACUGUGUCAAUCUUCAGUGUUCUAUUCUAAAGACAGUUCUUCAGGAUGCAUGCACUGAGAGUUUCUCCUUUACUUAUUGCUAAAACAUUUCAAGCAAUGGAAAUUCCAUCAAGCACACGAAGCACUGUGGUGUGUGCUGCAAAAGGUCCAAGGCCGCGCUAUCCACGAGUUUGGAAGACCCAUAAAAGAGUUGGGACCAUUAACAAGGCUGCUAAGCUUGUUGAGACUAUUAGACAGCUGUCAAAUGUCAAAGAGGAAGUUUAUGGUGCUCUUGAUUCCUAUGUUGCUUGGGAAUUAGAGUUCCCUUUAAUUACUAUGAAAAAGGCACUCAAGACUCUAGAAGAUCAACAAGAGUGGAAGCGGGUGAUACAGGUAACAAAGUGGAUGUUAAGCAAAGGCCAAGGUAGGACUAUGGGAAGCUAUUUCACAUUAUUGAAUGCAUUAGCAGAAGAUGAUCGAAUCGAUGAAGCUGAAGAGCUUUGGAUGAAGUUAUUAAUGCAGUAUAUGGAAAGCUUGCCUCGUAAAUUCUUUGAUAAAAUGAUAUCUAUCUACUACAAGAUAGGCAUGUAUGACAAGAUGUUUGAGGUUUUUGCUGAUAUGGAGGAGCUUGGUGUUCAUCCUAAUUUGACUGUCGUGCAAGUGAUUGGAGGUGUCUUUAAGGAGCUGGGCAUGUUGGACAAAUAUGAGAAGAUACACCAAAAAUAUCCACCACCUAGAUGGAAAUAUAGAUACGUCAAAGGAGGACGGCGUAUAAAAAUCAAGGUGUCUGGUCAACCUUAUCAAGGCAACUACAGAGAAGAGAAUGAGCAUGCAAAGGUAAAUGGUGAAUCAAAUUUGGACUUAGACGACAAUGAUACAUCAGAAGAGACUUCAGAGUUAGAGGAAGUUGAUGAACAAUUCAACCAGGACGCCAAUACAAGAACCAUGGAAUCUAAACAAAUAUCAGAUGAUUCAUUUGAGACUAAGGAACCAGUGUUAGAUGUAUAAUAGUUCGGGAAAGAUGAUUUAAGAUAAUUCAAUACUUGAUGAGUUUCCAUUGGCAGUUAUUUCUGUCAUAGUUGGAAUGUAUUGUAUACAUGCCUCUAUCAUGGAAGGAUGGAAAGUGUUAAGGACAUAGAAUGGAGACACUCUUGGGUAGGGGUGGCAAUAUGCACUCUACCCAUGGCUACCCAACCCGACCCAACUAGGCUAGGUAGAAUUGUGGGUAGGAUUCUUGUGCGGGUUGAGUUCUACCCUAUUCGACUAAUUUGCACUCUAUAUAUGUAUAUGUUAUAUACUUAUAUAAAAAUAUGUUUCAAGUGGAUAUUAAA